GAUUCUCAGUCUUUCGCGGUCUGUUUGUUCAGUCGGCAACAGUUUCCCACUAUGACAACACAUGCUAGCAGACAACAGAUAAACAAUAACAAACACUUGAGAGACUGCAAUAUCUUCCGUGAUUUACGUUUUGUCGUCUCUCUGUCCUAUCAGAAAUCUGUCUGUGUGUAAUACCAAUGUCUCCGCUCAGAUGAAACACGUUGAAGAACAGGCAAACUACCCUGUGAAGCCUCAUAUUAAGAUUGUGAGGCAAGAGACAUUAGCAGAAUGACUAGCUCUUCUACUCCUAGAAUGCACACAUACAAGAGGACUUCCAGCCCUCGGUCACCAACGAAUACAGGAGAGAUUUUCACACCAGCACAUGAAGAAAAUGUGCGCUUUAUCUAUGAUACAUGGCUUUGUGUUUUGAGAGACAUUAAAUCCCCACAAAACAGUGAACGUAAUGACCGUGGACCACAGGAGUAUGUGGAGAAAAACCCUAAUCCCAACCUACGCUCUUUUAUACCAGUUGACCUGAGUGACCUUAAGAAGCGGAACACACAAGACUCCAAAAAGUCUUAGACCGUUCCCUGGCUCUUUGUGAUCCAGCAGUUUUUUUUUGUUUUUGUUUUUUGUCCUCCGUAUAACAUUUGGGACCGUUUAAAUCUACCAAUCUUCUGUCAGCCAACAAAAAGCCACAAGCCAGGAUAUUUGGCCACAUUAGUCAAGAAAGCCUUUCUCUUCUCUGCCUCAUGGACCUGUGGACUGGACUUACAGGCUGACAUCUAUUUAUGCAUUACAUUUCCAAGAGCCGUUUGAGAGGCCAUUCCCUUUUUUCAUGUUUGUCUGGGCUCUCUGUUCCAGUAAAGUUUCAUGGAAUUUUUUUCCCCAUGGUUUUGGGUUUAGAAAUUUCCUUGUGCACUUUUUCUUUUAUUUUGCCAAGAACAGUUGCUUAUUCUGUUGGACAGUGUCCACACAAACUUUCUGUCGACGGGAUACAGUCCUGUAAUCUGCUCCUUGUUCAAACACAUUCAUUACCAGGAGCAGAGUAUUGAAGGGCUGACUGUUCAGUUAGUUUGAGAGAUUGAAGAAAUAUAGGAAGUUUUGUCUGAAAGCACAGGCAAGUUUGGCUCGCCAAAUAUUUUUAGUAGAUAAACCUCCAUUUUUAACAAUUGAUUCCUUCAAGAACUUGAAGUAAACUUUUCCACAUCUUUCAUUCCCAGUCUUUAAAAAAAUUAAAAUAAAGAUGACUUUUAUGCUA